AUGAGAGCCAGGGUGAUCGCUCUCGCUCUUUUCGGCUGCCUAGCAGCUCACUCCGUUCAUGCGGGUAACUUCGGCGGAGGUGGUGGCGGAGGAGGUGGCUGGUCGGGAGGUGGCGGAGGUGGAGGUGGCUGGUCCGGCGGAGGGGGAGGUGGUGGUGGUUGGUCCGGAGGCGGAGGAGGAGGUGGAGGCGGUUGGUCCGGAGGUGGCGGUGGGGGUCAUGGCGGAGGUGGCAGACAAUCCGCGAUCAUUCUAGUCAAAGGUGGAGGAGGAGGCGGAGGCGGACACGGCGGGGGUUCUCUCACCGUGGCCGGACCCACCCACGUGAUCAAGACCAUCCAUCAAGUCAGAACUUUGGACCAAGGAGGGAAAAUCCUAUCGAAAUCCGGAGGAGGCGGAGGCAGUGGAGGUACCGCCAAGAUCCUGGUUGUGAAGUCUGUCGGCACCGCGCAAAUUAAACAUGCAGGGGGAGGAGGAGGUGGACACGGCGGAGGCGGCGGAUGGUCUGGAGGAGGCGGAGGUGGUUACGGAGGAGGUGGACACGGCGGAGGAGGCUGGUCCGCAGGUGGUGGCGGCGGCGGCGGUGGAUGGUCAGGAGGCGGCGGAGGAGGUGGAUGGUCUGGAGGAGGCGGUGGCGGUCGCGGAGGAUGGUGA